AUCAAAUCACAGAACAAUUUUCACGGUUCAGAUUCAAAAGAAAAUGAUCACAACUUGUGCUAUCCCACUCUGUUUUAGACUUUCUAUUUCUGUUUCUAUAUCUUUUCUACUUUCAUUUCGUUGCCACCUCAUUUCAUCUCCAUUGGUGAUCUUAUUGUGUUUCUAUACUGCACCUGAACUUUGAUUUUAUAACCUUGUUUGGAGAACGGAGUGGUUUUUAAAAAAGAAAUAAACAGAGGGAGUGUUUGGUAAAAGAAAAAUAGAUGAGGGUCUAAUGGACACAUCGAGUCGUAGUCGACAAGUCAGCCGCUAAGUUGUGAUUUUUCAAUAAGCUUCUUCCUCUUCGAACAGUAUUUGGCAACUGAUUGCCAAAUAAACACUCUCAAUUUUCAAUUGAAACAAACAAUAGUGUACAGAUUUGGGCAUUAUACUCGCUCAAAAGAAGAGGAAAGAAAAAAGAGAAAUGGCAACGGCAUGUUCAGGCGUACAAAAGCUACUGCAGGUUGGUACAAAGAUCGUAGCUGUAGGCCGUAACUACGCAGCUCACGCCAAAGAGCUCGGAAACGCCGUUCCUAAGGAGCCAGUAUUAUUCCUCAAACCGACGUCGUCGUACUUAGAGAACGGAGGCACAAUCGAGAUUCCACAUCCCUUAGAAUCGCUAGAUCAUGAAGUGGAGCUCGCCGUCGUGAUCGGCCAAAAGGCUCGCGAUGUGCCUCAAACCACUGCCAUGGAUUAUGUUGGAGGUUAUGCUCUUGCCUUGGAUAUGACUGCAAGGGAAAUCCAGGCUUCUGCCAAGUCUGCAGGACUUCCAUGGAGUGUAGCUAAAGGGCAGGAUACUUUCACACCAAUUAGUUCUGUUCUCCCCAAGUCCGCUGUGCCUGACCCUGACAACUUGGAACUGUGGUUAAAGGUAGAUGGAGACAUACGGCAGAAAGGUUCCACCAAUGAUAUGAUCUUUAAGAUCCCAUAUCUUAUUAGUCACAUAAGUUCCAUCAUGACACUUUUUGAAGGGGAUGUUAUAUUAACAGGCACUCCACAAGGCGUUGGACCUGUAAAAGUAGGUCAAAGGAUAACUGCGGGCAUAACUGAUCUUCUUAAUGUUCACUUUAACGUUGAAAAACGCAGAAGGCCUGGAAGUGCUUAAGCUGGCCUACGCCCUACUUUGAUCAUCAGCCAUCAAAGAUUAAGCUUUGCUUUCAAAUUCGUACUUCACACAACAAUGGGUCAGGCUGCUUCUUGUUGAAGUUGCCCAAUCGACGACCUUCCAGUGAAUGGAACUUUGAGUGUACUUGACAGCUCGGAGGUGCUAUCUCUUUUGUUAGAAGCAUAUUCAAGGUAAAGAGUAUGGAGAAAUAAUUGUCUAAAUACUGUCAAGUGUUUAUUCUUGGAAAAACUAAUUACAUUCAUCCUGUA